UUGGAGAGCGAAGGAUUUCUUCUUUCCACGGCUUCUUUUCUCAUUUCUCUCCCUUCUCCAUUCUAAUUCUCUUCAUUUUGGGAGAAAAGUGGCGAAGAAAAUAUAGAUGGAAAAACAUACUUAAUCCAAACAAUAAAUCUUCUAAGCGAUGGAGGAAAUAAAGGAUCAACAAGACAGUGUCUCCGGAGAGCCCUUGUCUUCUACUUCAUCUUCUCCAGAUUCAAACAAGGAAAGUUCAGUAGCACCGAAUGGCAUAACAAAACUGAUGAAUCCGACUAGAACCCUAAUCGACACGGCAGCACCUUUUCAAUCCGUCAAAGCUGCGGUUAAUAUGUUCGGAGGAAAUGUUGAUUGGAAGGCACAGAGGGCAAUUGCAAAAGAGAGGAACAGGAACUGGGAGCAAGAACUUGAGAAGGCACAGCAAGAAGUCUCUAUUUGCCUUAAACAAUUAGAAGCAGCUGAAGAUGCAAAGACCAAAGUGCUUCAAGAGCUUGAAAUAACUAAGCAGCAAGAAGAAGAGCUAACACUCCAGCUUGAGAAAGCUCAGAUUGAGGAAUCUCAGGCACAGCAGGACUCUAAGCUAGCCCAACUCCGUGUUAAGGAGAUUGAGCAAGGAAUCGGGAAGGAAGACAGUGUGGCAGCCAAAGAACAACUCGAAGUAGCGAGAGCUAGGUGCUUGGAAGCAGAGAGUGAGCUGAAUUCUGUGCGAGUUGAGCUUGAUUCAUUGAAGAGAGAAUGCGAGCUGUUGAUCACAGAGAAAGAUAUUGCUUUUAAGAAAGCUGAGGAGGCAGAAUUUGCCUCCAAAACGAUUGAGAGAAGAGUUGAGGAGCUUUCAGUUGAGCUCAUAAAUAUGAAGGAGGCAGUCGAAUCUGCACAGGUUUUGCAUCUCCAAGUAGAACAGCAAAGGUUUAAUGCAACAAUGGAAAAGGAGCAGGAGGCCAAGAAUUGGGAGAAGGAGAUGAAGCAAUUACAGGAGAAGCUGGAGUUCCAUGAACAAAUCCUUUCUGUUUUGAAUGAUGUUAAGUUGAAGUUUGACACAGAAUCUGCUCUACUGAUCUCUCUGAAAGUGGAACUGGCUGCAUAUGUGGAUGUAAAACACAGACAGGAGGCUGAGAACGUUGCAGAAGAGAAGCAGAAUUUAGCACAGCUAGGCAGUGAUGAAGCAGUACUUACUAAAGCAGAGAAGGAGCUAGAAGAAGUGAAGGCUUACAUCCAGAAAUCGAAGGAAGAGGUCAAAUCUCUGAGAAUUGCAGUAUCUUCGCUCAAGUCUGAACUGGAAAAAGAAACCAGCAGCUUGGCUUCCUUAAAACAAAAGGAAAACACCUCAAUUAUGACAAUUUCUUCUCAUCGAUCCCUGCAGGAGAAGAACCAAGCUGAACAUGAGGAAGUUCAAGCAAAACAGACAAGAACCCCCCAAGGGAUGAGACAGUUUCCACAGGAGUUGUUAGACAGAACUGAGGAAGCAGAUCAGGCCAAAUCCCAAGCUCAUUUUGCACACCGAGAGCUAACAAAAGUCAUGGAAGAGGCAGAGCUAGCUAAGGCUAGUGCGAGCACAAUGGAGCUCCGGCUUCAAGCAGUUUUCAAGGAGAUUGAAGCUGCCAAGACCUCCGAAAAAUUGUCACGCGAUGCAAUCAAAGCUGUUGAGAACAUCCAUGAAGUAUUGACCAUUCCCUUGGAAGAGUACAAUGCCCUCAGCAAGAAAGCUAAUGAGGCUGAGAAGCUCGCAAAUGAGAAAUUGAUCGCAGCUGUGGAUCAGAUAAAAGCAGCCAAGAGAACAGAAUCAAUGAUCCGACAAAAAUUAGAAAUUUCUUUUAAGGAGAAGAAGAUGAAAAGGGAGGCCUUGAGAGACGCUACAGAGAAAGCAGAGAAGGCUAAAGAAGGAAAGCUGAAGAUGGAACAGGAACUGAGGGAAUGGAGAGCUGAGAAUGAGCAGCGCAGGAAGGCCAGUGAAGCUGAUGCUUCUUCUAAAGGACAGCCAAUGAAUGUGCGUUACUUCUGGAAGAGCUUUGACGAUGGCAGAGAUAUAAAUGGUACAGAUCCAGCUUCAUCUGCUCUUCGUGUAAACUCAACUCCGAAUCCCAACAGAAGUUAUUCAGUCAAUCAAGGGCAUGUUUCUGUUUCUGUUCCUGAGGGGAGGGCAAGAAAGAAAAAAUCUAUCUUUCCGCGAAUAGUCAUGUUCUUGGCCGCCAUGAAGAAGGCGAGGUCUUCCAAGUGAAUUUGCUGUGAAUCACGAAGCUGUUUUAUAGGUUGAAUUCAGUUACUUCGGAAGAACAAAUUCUGGAUCUUAUCUGCAAGAGUUUUUGCGGGAGGGAAGGACAUGAGAAACAAUAAUUAUUGUUUUUCAUUAUUUAUAUCUUCGUUUUUUGAAAUU